AUGGCAUUAAAUGCGUCACUUCUUGGUAUAACACUGCAUUUAAUAUGUAUCGUUGCAGUUUGCAGUGCUCAAGACUUGGGUUUCGGUCCCAAACUUAAGUGUUAUCAGUGCAACUCUCGAACACAGCCACACUGUGGUGAUCCAUUCGACAACCGUACCUUCAUUCUGGAACCUUGUCAAAACAACGGGCAGAAUUACACGCGCUGCAUGAAGAAAAUAGUUGAAUUUUAUUACGAUAGACAGUGGAUCCGACGUAUCGAAAGGAAUUGUGCAGUUGAAGGCGAAAUAGGCGGAGAGGAGGGGCGUUGGUGCCAUACGGUUGAGGGGACACAACGGGUCAUCGCUCGCUAUUGUUACUGCAACAACAAGCAGGGAUGCAAUCAUGCCGGGACAAAAAAGUUAUCUCCUUUUCUUUUUACCUUUUCCACAUUGUUGACCUUAACUAUACUCCUGACGCAGCGCCAGUACACUUUCGUUACAUUGAUCACACUAGUUUCCUUCCCUUUCAAUAAUGUCAAUGUGUGA